AUGACUUUACUUUCUGCUCCUACAGGAUGGAACGAGAUGGUCUAUGCACCAAUACUGAAUGAUUCUAAUGAUGAGAAUAUUUCACAAAUACAAAAAAAUAUGCUUCUGAUGGAUUCGAAUAAUUGGUGUCCACGAGUUUCAAGAAAAACAGUUGAGGAGGUUGAACAAGUAAAGAAACCAUGUUUCGUAUUGGAUCAAGUGCUUUCAAAAGACGAAUGUAAAUUAAUGAUAGAGUUGAGUGAAAAGAUGGGAUAUGAGGAUGCGGAUAAGUUUUGCUAUGCCUAUAAUGAUCGAUUUAAUGAUCGUUUAAUGAGUGACGAUCCAAAAUUUACUGAAAUAGUCUGGAAUCGUAUAAAGCAACAUCUGCCACAAACAUUGAGUAAGGAUGGCAGAACAUUGCAUUUGGCAAGUAUAAAUCCUCGUUGGAGAUUAUGCAAGUAUAAACCAGGGCAUUAUUUCAACAAACACGUCGAUGGCAGCUUUGAGGAUCACAAGAACAAAACUAAGAGCUAUCUCACUCUCAUUAUUUAUCUGAAUUCUCAAUUGGAUGGAGAGUUUGAGGGUGGAUCGACGAUAUUUUAUGAUUCUCGAAUGGAGUUGAUGACUAGAAAGGUUACUGAACCAGCUGGAAAUGCAUUGAUAUUCCUUCAGAAUGAUAAACACAUGUUGCAUGGUGGAGAGAAGGUCUUUAAGGGUGUGAAGUAUAUUAUGAGAUCAGAUAUAAUGUAUUCGAAACGUGAAGAAUUAAAAUACUAA